GCAGCAUGUUACACUCUAAACUUUCUAAAAGGCGAUAUGAAGUUUUGGAAUGACAUGUCGACAUCAACAUAUGCCUUGAAAUAAUACAUCAAAAAUUCAUUUGAUUUUGUUAUAGAAUACUAAACGCAAUGGCCCACGAGGAUGGUGCAUUGAAUGCACAAGAGCCAACUAAUGUUCAUUUGAAGACAAAUGAAAAGUUAGAAACAUUUUACGAAACUCACGAGAAGUUAGGAGAAGGAAAAUUUGGCUACGUUUAUAAGGUAACAGAGAAAAGUACUGGGAAUACUUACGCAGCCAAGUUCAUCAAAUUAACACCAAAAUCAAAGAAAGAAGUGACUGAAGAAAUUAAUUUGAUGAAUAAAAUACAUCAUGAAAGAUUAGUGUUUCUUUACGAUGCUUACCAAACUUCUAAAGAACUUAUUAUGGUAAUGGAACUAAUAUCAGGUGGCGAAUUAUUUCAAAAGAUAGUCGACGAAGACAACCUAAAUGAAGCCGAUGCUGCAAGAUAUCUUAUUCAAAUAUUACAAGGCGUACAUUACAUGCAUUGCAAGAAUAUUGUUCACUUAGACUUAAAGCCCGAAAAUGUAAUGUGUGUGCCUCGUCCUGGAAACAAGGAUGAUAUUAAAUUAAUCGACUUUGGUAUGUCAAAAGUUUUGGAGGAUGGUAAAGAGUUGAAAGUUGCGUGCGGCACACCAGAAUUUGUAGCUCCUGAAGUGAUAAGCUUUGAACCAAUUCAUCUUGCAAGUGACAUGUGGAGCGUUGGAGUAAUUUCUUACGUGCUACUUAGUGGUCUCUCGCCGUUUAUGGGUGAAGAUGAUAACGAAACAAUAAAUAAUGUUUGCACUGGGAUGUGGGAUUUUGAAACAGAUGAUGAUUUCUUUGAUGAUGUCAGUCAAUUAGCCAAAGAUUUUAUUGGGGAAUUACUGAAAAAGAAUCCUCGGGAGAGAAAUACAGCGGAGAGAUGUUUAACUCAUGAAUGGAUAUUGAAAGCUCCGGAAUUCGAAGCAAAAAAGCUAAAGACAGAUCAUAUGAAAAAAUUUAUAGCUCGCAGGAGAUGGGCGAAAACAGGAAACGCAUUACGCGCUCUGACGAAACUUGGAUCAUUGAAGAAAGAAAGAUUGUAGAUAAAAGGAUGUUUAUCAUUCCACACGAGACGAUUCAAACGUGUCAAUAAACCAUUCUUGAUAGCUAUUUCGUAGUUGUAAAAACCGUUAAAGACGAACUUGAACAAAAGAUCCCCCUUUUUCUGCAAAAUUUGAAAAUUAAUGCUAAAUACGUCAACUUUGUUGUUUUGUAGGCUAAAUGCAUGACUGUAAAACUUGUUUAAGCGGGAAUUUCUGCUAAGAAAGUACACACAGCUUUAUUGCAAUUCAUUUCGUAUUAGCUACUACUUUAUUUUGUGUAUAUUAAAUUUUAUUCAUUUUCAAUGUUUGUAGACAGUCACCAGUAAAUAAUUUUGUGUUUCACAAAGUAUUAUGAAAUAUUAAAAUUUAAACUAAUA